CUAUGAAUUAUUCUUUAUUGCGGUUCACUCCCACAGCCAGCCACGCUGUGUCUGACUCACGAGCGCGCCGGAGCUGUCGGGAGCGCGCCUCAAUCACCAUGCCUCAUCCGUCGCUCGCGUCGGAGGAGAAAAGACGAUUUUCGGCUUUUACCUUUAAUUAUCUCUGACUAUUGCGCUUCCUGAAGGAUCAACUUGUCUUUUUCUAUUCAAACAAACCGACAGCUUCUCCUUUUCCCCCUCACCACCCGUGAAUUAAACAAAAGAGGACAACAAGAUAAGAGGAGUAUAACUACAGCUGUGGUGGUGAGAUGUGUGGGGGCUCAUCCUUUUAUUUUUGUAGGACACUCCUUUAACUUGAUGUCGCCUGUGAACAGCUUGGGGAUUUAAACGUAGGAAAAGCACUUUCACGGACUUGAACUGUGACGAAACGACCGUCUUUCAUUCUGUGGAGAAAAAAAAGCCGCUAGGAGCUUAAACAUCCUGUGGGGAGGAAAAAAGCUUCUCAUCUGUAAGAGAACCGGCUCAGCUCUGCCAUCCACCUCCACCCCGCUGUGCUGCAUCAACGUCUCGUAUUUUUCUCCGCCCUGAUCAACCCAUGGAGAGAACACGCCCACCCAGAUAGGAUGCCUGACCCGCCUGACGCCCUGUGCCCCCUCCUGCCCGUCACCACCACCUCCUUCUCCUUUCAUGUACCUGCUCUUGCCGACACUUCUCCGCGGGACUUCAUACUGUGCCCUGCCCCGCGACAACAUGGUGGAUGAGGUAACCACCAUGAAGGAUGAUGUCAUCAACGCCAACACGCUGGCUUGGCUGGUCUGCUCGGGCGUGUCCAUUCUGGCCAACACUUGGAGCAUCUUGAGCGUCAGCGCCAAGCAGAAGAAGUGGAAGCCACUGGAGUUCCUCAUCUGCACCCUGGCGGGGACACACAUCCUCAACAUGGCCAUCCCCAUCACCAUGUACUGUGUCAUAACGCUGCGGCGCCAGCACUCCAGCUAUGAGUGGAACGAGGGUCUGUGUAAGGUGUUUGUGUCUACCUUCUACACUCUAACGCUGGUCACCUGCUUCUCUGUCACCUCACUCUCCUACCACCGCAUGUGGAUGGUCCGCUGGCCUGUAAACUACAGGUUGAGUAACACAAAGAAGCAGGCGGUGCACACAGUGAUGGGCAUCUGGAUGGUGUCCUUCAUCCUGUCCACACUCCCAGCGGUGGGCUGGCAUGACACCAUCGACCGUUUCUACACCUCCGACUGCAGAUUCAUUGUGACAGAGAUCGGCCUGGGCUUUGGCGUGUGCUUUCUGCUGCUGAUCGGAGGCAGCGUGACCAUGGGUGUCAUCUGCAUCGGCAUCGCUCUCUUCCAGACCUUCUCCAUUCAGGCAGGUCACAAUGCUGACAAGAACAAGUUCAACGUUCCCACCAUCGUGGUGGAGGAUGCUCAGGGGAAGCGGAGGUCAUCCAUUGAUGGAUCGGAGCCUCUGAAGACGUCCCUACAGAUCACUUACCUGAUCAGCGGCAUCGUCUUCAUUUAUGACUUUCUGACCGGCUUUCCCAUCCUGGUGGUGAGCUUCGCCAGCCUGAAGUUUGACCGCUCCUACAACUGGAUGGUGCUGUGUGUGCUGUGGUGCUCCAUCGCUCAGUCCAUUCUGCUGCCCAUGUUCCUCUGGGCCUGUGAUCGCUACCGCGCCGACAUCCGCAUGGUGUGGGAGAAGUGUGUCGCCAUCAUGUCCAAUGACGAAGUGGAUGAGGAAAACAGCCAAGAUGGAGGAAUUCAUGCUGACUUAAUAUAUGACAGACCAUAUGACUAUAGCUCGGCGCCUGAAAUCGUGACGCUAGACCAUAAUGCCAAGUAUGAGUUCUCAACCUUAGAAAGGGGGGUUCUGCAAGGGUACCCAAUGAGGGAACAACAGGAAGAUAAAAUGCAGUAUUUGCAGGUGCCCCCUACAAGAAGAUACUCCCACGACGAAACAGACAUGUGGACCAGCGACCGGAUCCCCUCAUAUCUCCAACGAUGGGGCUUCAUCGAGGACGUGAUAGUGACUGCCCAUUACAGCUCCACCUUGCCGCGCCGCGAGAGGCGCAGGAGCAGCCUGGUCUCCUACCAUGAGGAGAGCCACUAUCACCAUCACCCUCACCGCAAGCGUCGGCGAUCUGAGGACAGCAUGCAGUCCUCACUCAGGCACCUGCCCCGCGUGGUAUGUGGCGGCCAGCGCUACGAUGACGAACUGCGGUGUUUCAGCCGCGACGAGGUGAUCAACUUUAUAGAUGAGACACCGGUGCCGAGCCCCAGGAAGAGCCCGCGGCGUUCGUCCGCCAUUGCCCUCAGCCUUACCCCUAACGUGUACGAACAGCACGCCGCCAUGCUUCCUCACUUUCCGCUCACAGACUUUGAGCGCGAGCCUCAAGCGCUCAGGCGACCCUCCGAACUCAAAAGGAGCAGCAGCAGAAGCAGCUCGCCUGAGUGUUCACCUAAACCUCCAGGAAAGACGAGCCUCGGGACUUGUGGCUCGGGGAAAGGCUGCAGGGAAUGCCCGCGAGAAGGGAAAAGGAGGGAUGAAGCGGGCUCACCUGGGCGCAGCCAGCAGAACCCAGAACGUUCUGGCAGUAGGUCCAGGACUGGUGGGGGGGCUGACUGGGGGCACCAAAAGCAUCUCAGCAAGGCUGAGAGCAAAGGCAGCACAAACAGUUUUGUAAGCUCACCUUCAGCAUCGUCCUCGGGGUACAUCACCUUCCACUCUGACUCUGUAGGAUCCAACACCUGAAGACAAAUCAGCAUCAGAAGCACUUUCAUCAUAAUUACAUUUAACGUCGUGAUAAAAAACUUUGAUUAUUUCAGCAGUUCCAGGAAGGCGACAUGCUGGAAUCCAUCCGGAUUUAGUUAAUGCCACGUUUUCGUCUGACUACAUAUCACAAAGAUUCUGAAAGCUUUGGACCUAUUUCUUGAACAAGCUUUGAUAAAAAUGAUCAGGAUGGAGAUGAUUUUAGUUCAUCCCAUUCAGCAUUGAUUUCACAAAAUACCCACUGAACUCUUAAAACCACGUAAACAUUCCCAAAUCUUGUUUUCUAUGUUUGUUUCCUUUGAAAAGAUUCAAACAUUUUGGUGACACAUGAAUCAGGCUGAUUUGUUUUGGUUAUUAUUUAGUAUGCACUUAAAAGUUUAACUUAAUUAGUGCUUUAUUUGACCUGUGUUGACCGUGUGUUAUGAGCUUUCCUGGAUACUGUGCUUCUCCCUUGAGCUUGACAGAUUAGACACAUUUUAUUAUUAUUUUUUGCAAUCAUAAAAUAUGACUUUUUCAUCUACACGAGUCAUGAAAAGCUGUUUUAAGCACCGUAUUUGGAAGUGAAAUGAGUGUUAAUCCUGAACUAUUAAAUUCCCAGUAAGUUUCUGUGUGAAAAAUUGAAAUAUAAAGGUGACGACCCGUAAUUUUUCAUGAUAAUGUGAGGUAAUUUUUUUAAAACAUAUAUGAUGGAGGUGUUUUGUAUAUAUGAAGGUUGUUGGAUUUACAUUUUUAGUGUGCAUUUUUUUAUUUAAACUUCCUCCAAACUAUCUAUUUGGUGAUUAUCAGGCACAGCUCAUUCAACAAAUAUGCAAAUGGUGCUUAACCCUCAUUCGCUUUACUCACCUUUCAUUUGUUUCAGUAACCAGGCGGAGUGCAUCACUUGGAUAUUCGUUGCAGACACUUAAAAUGGAAGAUUCACAACUUUGUAUGAAAUAUUGUAGCCUUCAAAAUGUUUCAUAUGUAGCGUCACUUAAAGGUGCAAUAAGUAAGAACAAUGAAAAAAUAAAAAUCACAAAACAGUUUAAUGACUCAAUCAUUAAAAACAGAUUUCCUUCUCAGUUGGCUGGGGGUUGCCAGUUUUUAUCCUUUUAAAAUGACUAAAAAGGGACUUUGCUUAGCCAAUCAUAUUUGAGCUUGCAAGGUUGCCAAGUCUUUGCGGGCAUUUGUAAUUCGACACCAGCCGGUAAAGAACACCAGAAUGAAAAUCAGUUAAAAGGAGCGACCGAGAAGCAAAACAAGUUUUAGUCUAAUAUGAGAUAAAGAUGGCUAGAGGCUAACUUUGAGCUAAUAAUGCUAACAGUGAAUUAGAAAAAAAAUGGUUGACUCUAAAAAAUUUAAGCUACUUUUACAAGCAACUCAAUAUUACAAUGAAAUGUAUUUAUCUGCUUAACUUACUGUGUAUGACUCGCCUUCGCUCGUCAUCUAGAAUCUUCUUGAGCUGAUCCCUAACUGGCAACCGUUGCUGAUGGCGGACUUGUUUGUUUUGAUAAAUGGACUGCAGUACCCAGAUUUGACCUCAUUGUGUCAUUAUUACUUAAUGCACCUUUCAAUUCUGGUGGAUAAAAAGGAAAGCACAAAUUAGAAACUAUAAGUUGAACUUCUUUGGUAUGUUCUUACUGUGUUGCUUUUCCAACUGCAUUGUUGGUUCUUUUUAAAACACAGAAAAGGUUUCUUUUUUACCUUGCUGCUGACAGUUUCAUUCGCGGCUGCGAACAUCCUCAGAGCUGACGCUGAUGGUGGCGUCACUUCCUACUCCAUUUAUCCACGGGCAGCAGAAGAUGGUGUCGCCCUCUGCUGCCCGCUCUCCUCUCUCCGUUAAUGCAGUCCCAUGCACGAUCCAAUGUGUAGACCCCAUCGUCUCUGUUCAUGGUCCCACAUCCACGUCUCCUUAUCUCUAUGGCUUCCUUUAUCCAUCUUUUGUAUUUCUGUGGUUCGGUGUUUAUGAUCCUUGUGUCGUCCCAGUCCAUUACGUGGUUUUCUCUUGUGCAGUGAUCUGUUACAGCUGAUUUCUUUAUUGCGCUUUCUGCUUCUUGUCUUGCUGCUCUUGUGUGUCUUCGACUUGUUUAGGAAUCCCAUUCAAACUCUGCAAUAAAACAUACGUAGGAGAAACCGGACGCCAACUCAACACACGAACAAUAGAACAUAGAAAUGGAUGCAAGAAAGGAACAAGUCGAAGACACACAAGAGCAGCAAGACAAGAAGCAGAAAGCACAAUAAAGAAAUCAGCCGUAACAGAUCACUGCACAAGAGAAAACCACGUAAUGGACUGGGACGACACAAGGAUCAUAAACACCGAACCACAGAAAUACAAAAGAUGGAUAAAGGAAGCCAUAGAGAUAAGGAGACGUGGAUGUGGGACCAUGAACAGAGACGAUGGGGUCUACACAUUGGAUCGAGCAUUGGACUGCAUCAUCAGAGAGGGGAGAGCGGGCAGCAGAGGGAGACAACGUCCUCUGCUGCCCGCGGAUAAGCGGAGUAGGAAGUGACGCCACCAUCAGCGUCAGCUCUGAGGAAGUUUGCAGCCGCGAACGAAACGUCAGCAGUAAGGUAAAGAAAAAACUUUUCUGUGUUUUAAAAAAUAACCAACAAUGCAAUAAGUUGAACUUGAAUUAAUAUUGUUCCUUAAACAGCAGAUCCGUUGCUCAAUUUUUCAUCACUUAUUUGUUGUAGCAAAGGAUUAUUGGGGGAUAAUAUGUUUGUAAAUCACUCCUAUAAAAAGAAAUUUGCAGUAAAUCUAAGAGCAAAAAGUACAAAUUUACCUAAAUAAAGAACUUCUUGUUUCUACCAAAGUAGUAAAUGAUAAAGGAGUAAAACCUACUAAAAUAAAAAAAGAGACAGUUUGAAGUUUUGUGGACAGUAACUGUUAAUGUGAAUGUAUUUGCACUGGAAACUUUAAACUAAGUUUUAGAACAAAAGGAAGAAAAGAUAUUCCCUUUUACAGCCUUAUUUGUAAAAAUCAUUUCUUUAUUAUUACCAUAAAAUAAUGUUGCACUUUGUUGGGCGUGUAAGCUUUCAGUCAUCUUGCAUCUGGCGUUAUAUUUUUAUUUCCAUGUGUUUGUGUACGUUUUGCUAAUUUUAGGCUCUGCAAUGAAACAAGUUUGCUGAAAAAUGUUUUUCUUGGAAAGUUUAUCAUCGCACCAACAUGUUGAACUUUGCUAUGACAUAAGACCCUUUUUUCAUUUAGUUGUGUUUUUAUUAUUAAAGGUUAUUUUGUAACAUGUUCAAAAACGGAAACAUGAAUGAUGUUAAAUGUUCUGAUUUACUUGUUGAGCGGCGGAUAUUGUGAUAAAGACAACUGAUUAAAUUCACAAGAAAAUGC